AUGUGCGCCUUGGAACCUCAGGGACUGGAACUGGGCGGUCUGGGGGUGAGGCUGCCCCUCCUUCACCACUACCUGAAUGGCCUGAGCCUCGACUCUUGGGAGGAGGAGGGGCUGUUGGCUCAGAGGGGCAUCGCCCUGGGCAAGAAAAGGCUCCGGGCUGCACCCGAACGGGCUCGGGUGGACCUGCAGGGGCGCAGGCAGCGCGUGGGCCGGGCACCCAAAGCCCCUCGCCUGAGCGCGCCGGGCUUGCAGACCAACGGCGACUACAACAAACCGAUCCCCGCCCAGUACCUGGAGCACCUGAACCACGUGGUGAGCGGCACGCCCGGCCCCCGCGCCCCCGAGCAGCCGCAGCAGUGGGUGAGCAGCCAGGUGCUGCUGUGCCGCCGCUGCAGCCACCACCAGACCACCAAGAUCAGGCAGCUGGCCGCCUUCACGCCACGCGACGAGGGCAGGUAUGACGAGGAGAUCGAGGCAUACCGGCACCACCUAGAGCAAAUGUACAAGCUGUGCCGGCCGUGCCAGGCGGCCGUCGAGUACUACCUCAAGCACCAGAACCGCCAGCUGCGGGCCCUGCUGCUCAGCCACCAGCUCAAGCGCCGGGAGGCGGACCAGAGCCACGUGCAGAGCUUCUGCUCGUCGGCAGUGAAGUCCCCGGUCCAGGUCAUCGUGCUCCGGGCACUCGCCUUCCUGGCCUGCGCCUUCCUGCUGGCCACCAUGCUCUAUGGCACCAGCAGCCCCUCUGCUCCGGGUGCGGCCACCCUGCCCCCCGCCCUGCCCCCUGGGAGCAACGGCUGCACCACGCCUGACAAUGCCACUGGCCCCGGGGCCCAGGGCUGGCAGCAGCUGCUGGGCCUGCUGCCCGAACACGCCGCCGAGAAGCUGCGCGUGGCCUGGGCCUUCGGGCAGAGCCACCAGACGGGCCUGGUGGUCCUAGGCCUGCUCACCUGCCUGCUGGCCAUGCUGCUGGCCGGUCGCCUCAGGCUCCGGAGGAUCGACGCCUUCUCCACCAGCCUGUGGGCCCUGCUGCUGGGCCUGCACCUGGCCGAGCAGCACCUGCAGGCGGCCUCUCCCAGCUGGCUGGACACACUCAAGUUCGGCAUCACGUCCCUGUGCUGCCUGGUGGGCUUCACGGCCGCCGUGGCCACGAGGAAAGCGACAGGCCCGAGGAGGUUCCGGCCCCGAAGGUGUUUCCCCGGAGACGCGGCCGGCCUUUUCCCCACCGGGCCUGGCCUGGCCAGCCCCUGCCCGAGCGCCCCAGGCUCCUCGCCGCCUCUGUUCGUCCCCACCCCGCCUGGCUUCCUGCCAUUCGCCAACCCGCAGCUGUUCCGGUCUCCCCGCCGGGCCUCGCCCUCCUCGCUGCCAGGCCGUCUCAGCCGCGCCCUCUCGCUGGGCACCGUACCCUCUCUCACCCGCGCAGACUCAGGGUACCUGUUCAGUGGGAGCCGCCCGCCAUCCCAGGUGUCGCGAUCUGGGGGGGUUCUUGUUUCAGAUUACUUCUCUCUGCUGGCGGGGAGCUGCGCCACCUCCCCACUGCCGUCCCCGGCGCCCUCCGUGGCUGGCUCCGUGGCUGGCUCCGUGGCCUCCAGCUGCAGCUCCCUGCGCCACCGCCGGCCCCUCAUCAGCCCUGCGCGGCUCAACCUGCAGGGCCAGAAGCUGCUGCUCUUCCCGUCGCCACGAGCACACGCUGAGGUGGGUCCCCCCGCAGACACGAGGUCCGUGCCGGAGAGAGGCAGCGCCUGCAGCAGCCGCUCCAUCAAGAAGGAGGACGACUCGUCCCAGUCCUCCACCUGCGUGGUGGACACCACCACCAGAGGCUGCCCGGAGGAGGCCAGCGCCUGGCAAGGUCGUUUCCAGCCCUCUCUGGUCCAGGGCCUCCUGGCCGUGAGCCUGGCUGCCAAUGCACUGUUCACCUCGGCCUACCUGUACCAGAGUCUACGCUGACCAGCUGCAGCACCCCGAGAGUCUGGGGGUGCGCCCAGGUGCAUGCUGCUUCCACCACUGCCGCCUCAGAGCCCUCGAGGCCCUUGUCCUUGCUGGACGAGUCCAGAUCUCAGGCCGUCUCUUCCUCACCUGCCGGACUGCGGGCCGGGCCGCGCUCUCCCGCCCGCCUGGGCUGACCUGGCUGAGUGUCUGGUGCUGCUGACACUGGCCCCAGGCCAGGGGUUUCCAGGGCUGUGUGGCCCUGGGGUGCCAUGCUGCCCCCAUACCUGUGGGCUGUGCCCACAUCUUUGUACUGUACUGCUCUGUCCACUGGGGCUGCCCAGAGCCCCCCUAAGCCGAGGUGGGGAGCAGUCCCUGUGUCUCCCGGGCUCGGCCAGCCCCUGGGAGAGUAAUCCUCCCAUGGGCUCCUGUGGGCUCGCGGGUGUCGGGGUCCCCUGCCCAGGGCUCCUCAGAGCACCUGGGUCUCGGCCCAGCUGGACCUUAGAGACCCUUGUAAGCAUCUGCCCUCCUGCCUGCAUGCACCCCACUUUACCACCUUCCCAGGCAGCACCCCACUGCCCUGAGAACACUCUUCAGGGCCCCCCAGUUCCAGGCCCACAGUCCUGGCCCCUGCAUCGCACUGUCCCCUGGGACCUGGCUGGCCUCGGGCCCCUGGUGCUGCCGAUGACCGGCAGGUGGAGGCAGGCAGCCUGCUGGCCUCGAGCCUGGCCCCCGCCCUGCCACGCCCCAAGCCCCUUCACCCCCUGAAGCCCGCCUUCCCCCUCGCCUUCUCGCACCGGGUCGGCCCAGCACAGCCUAUGUCCGAGGCCGCCCGCUGGCUCCCCGCCCCGCUCUCCCACACCACCCGACUGCCGACGGGCUGGGGUCCCUCCUGCCAGGGGACCUCAUCUGCACAGGGAGCCUCCCGAGCAAUGCCGCCAGAACCGCGCCGGCCCUGGGCCCGGGGGAGGUCCAGCGAGUCGGGCCACAGCGCGGGAGAGGGCUUCACUGUCAUUCAGGGAUAAAGUUUGAUUUUAUUUUUCUACACAUUUUUGCAGGUCAGGCAUCUUGCUAAAAAGCAGGAUGCCCCCAAUUCUCCCUGCCAGGGAGUUUAGUUUUUUUAAGCUUUGGGUGCUUUUUUAGUAAUUGUUUUUACCAUGGGGCCCGCUCUGACAUGCCCGCCCCGCCCCCUCCCGUCCUAAGAGCUACUGUUCCUGCCUGCCCGCCCGACCUCUGGGAGCUGGGGCUCCAGGGGCCGCCCCAGGACUCUGCGUCCGAAGCCAGAGACAGUCCAGCUCGGGGGUUGCCGCUCGGCCGCUCCGUCCGGCAGACGUGGGCGUCGAGAUUUGUUAUUUUAUUUUUGUCUAACAAAUCCAAGCUCCGGCCCCAGACGCCUCUCCAGCCCCCGGACGGCCCGCGCCGGGCCCCGGACCAGCACCCGGGACUGGGGCGGGGUGAGGUGCACUUAUGUUUUCUCAAAAAAAAACACAACCUUAUUUUUCUUUACAAAAGCAAAAAAGGAAAC